GCUCCACGGCCUGUUUAGUCGGCUACCUGCGCGUCUGCUUUCCACCAUAAACUCUUCCGCGUUUUCCUGCCGCUCUCGGUCUGUGACGUGUCGUGCUGACGGCGGCCUCGGCGCUUGGAGGAGCGGGGGGCUGUAGCAUUGACAAGAUCAGGCUCCAGACGCCCUGCUUUGCUUUUGAGUGGAGCUCCAGAAACAUCCCCUCCAGACCCCUCCUUCUCGGCUCCUCUGCGGCCCGCCCAAAUAACACCAAAUUCCCGAUUGAAUCUAGCCUGAGCCUGGGUGUGGGGGGGAACCAGGCGGCCUGGGAAGCCGAGGAGUGGACGGAGGCCAUCCCUGCUGCAUAAAUCUGCUCUCCAAUAACAAAUGCAGUGCAAGGACAAUGGAUGAGGAUGUCACCAGGCUUUCAAUACAUUCUGAAGAGCCUAAAAUAAUAUUACACGGAUCGGAUGAGGGUGGUGCCGACGGGCAGGAGUUUGUUGUGGAGCUUCAAGAGACUGUGUUGGUGUCUGAGGGCGAGGGUGAAGGCAUGGCGGUGCACAGGUUUGCCCCAGACGAGCUAGUCAUCCAGGAUGCUGUUGAGGAUGUGGUAUCUGAGUAUGUGCACUGCGAUGAAGAUGAAGAUGUCGCUGUAGAAACCUGCGUGAUGGCCUUGGACGGUGAGGAGGAAGGCGUCGCCAUGGGUGACAUCCCCGAAGACGGCCUCGACCCCGAAGAGCAGGACGACGAUCAAGAUGGCUGUGGAGAUUAUCUGAUGAUAUCCUACGAAGCUGGUAAAAUGGUGUCGGAGGAUGGCACAGAAGUAACCGUGGAAGGAGCGGUGGAGGACCAGGAAGUGGAGAAGGACGAGGAUGGACAAGAAGUGAUAAAAGUGUACAUCUUCAAGGCUGACUCCGGAGAGGAUGAUAUGGGAGAGUCUGUCGACGUCAGCGAUGGGGACAUGGACAAUGUGGCGCUGACAGAGUCUUCGGGCCAAACACUUCGAGAGAAGAUGGUUUACAUGUCUGUUGGCGACUCUCAUCACCAAGGAAACCACGGUGUGGAGGACAGCGAGAGCUGCGAAAACGGCAAUGGAGCAGCGAGCGCAUUUCUGCACAUUGACGAAUCUGAUGGCGUUGACGAAGUUGGCCGACAGCGCAACAAGACCAAGCGACGAUCUGAGCCUCGACAAGUCCAAACAGCCAUCAUCAUCGGUCCCUACGGUCAACCUCUGACAGUAUAUCCCUGCAUGCUCUGCGGCAAAAAGUUCAAAUCGCGAGGUUUCCUGAAACGGCACACCAAGAAUCAUCACCAGGAGGUUCUGACCAGGAAAAAGUACCAGUGCACAGACUGUGAGUUCACCACCAACAAGAAAGCCAGCCUCCAUAACCACAUGGAGGUGCACGCCCUGAGCAGCAAGGCGCCCUUCGAGUGUGAAAUGUGCGGCAAGGAGUUCCACCAACAGUCUGCGCUUUUCUCCCACCGUCUGCAGCACCACCACCGGGAGCCAAAGAAUCAGCCGCCGCCGCCCGCCAAGACGCACAAAUGCAAGUUCUGUGAUUACGAAACUGCUGAGCAAGGACUGCUCAACCGACACUUGUUGGCCGUUCACAGCAAAAGCUUCCCGCACAUCUGUGUGGAAUGUGGCAAAGGCUUCCGUCACCCCUCGGAGUUGAAGAAACACAUGCGCACGCACACGGGCGAGAAGCCUUACUCCUGCAUGUACUGUGACUACAAGUCUGCCGACUCGUCUAACCUCAAGACUCACAUCAAGACAAAGCAUAGCAAGGAGAUGCCAUACAAGUGUGAGCGCUGUUUCCAGACAUUUGCAGAGGAGGAGGAGCUGAACCAGCACGGACUGACACAUGAGGAGAAUAAGACCCACCAUUGUGCCCACUGUGACCACAAAAGUUCCAACUCCAGCGACCUAAAACGGCACAUCAUAUCCGUGCACACCAAGGACUACCCGCACAAAUGUGCAGUGUGCGGCAAGGGGUUCCAUAGGCCGUCUGAGCUCAAGAAGCAUUCUGUCGCCCACCGCACCAAGAAACUCCACCAGUGCCGACACUGCAACUUCAAAAACGCAGACCCUUUUGUCCUCAGUCGCCAUAUUUUGUCUGUCCACACCAAGGAGCAGCAGGCCUCCCCUGAAAGGAGCGAGGCCAAAAGGACAGAGACAAACGCUCCUGUGGCGGCUCCUAAAAAGGCUGCAUCUAGCGGCUCUGCUGCCGCCGGCCAGCCCGCUAGAGUGAGUGCAGCCAGCUUAGCCAGCAGCGUGACUGUGGUUAUUGGCAAAGGACAGAAAGAACGGAGAAUCUACCAGUGCCAGUACUGUGACUACAGCACGGGGGACGCUUCGGGAUUCAAGCGACACGUUAUUUCUAUCCACACUAAGGACUACCCGCACCGCUGCGAGAUCUGUUCUAAAGGAUUCCGGCGACCGUCGGAAAAGAACCAGCAUAUCAUGCGCCACCACAAAGACGUGGUCCAGGCAGAGUGAUAAGACUGUGUGACUAUCACACACCAGCCACUGCACCACUAACCUUGAAAUCAUGUGGCGCUUAUGCUGCACUUAGCCUGUCCUCUUGUUUACUUCUCUUUUACAUGGUCAGCCUCUGAGUCUCAUCACAUGUAUACACAUGUACAUGUACAUAACACAACGCUCUUGGGGAGCAGCAGAACAGUAGACUUGCACUUUGAACCGCAUGCUCCAUGCUGAAGGACAGUUUGCAUGGCAGAUAGUGCAAAUGUCUGUUUUCAUGACACACUCGUUUUUCAUUUUGCAGACCGCAAUCACAAAACGGAAGUCUCCAUAUUUUAAUUACCAAACCGAUCACAGCACUUGACAACCCAGUAAAGGUGAAUGCAAUUAUCAUAAGGUGUAUACUAUUUAUGUGCGAGUGACAUAUAACAAGCAUCUCUUGUGCUUCCUGGUGCUCAAACCGCCACCUCUGUAACAUAUUGUGACAAAAUACACAAGGACUCUUGUGUACAUCUCACAAUCCAGUCACACUUUAGAAUCAAACUAAAGAAACCAUGGGCAGACCUUCCUGGAUUUUGCAAUGAUGCAAAUUUUCCACACAUUUUGGCCUAUCAAAUUUGACCCUGAGCAGUGCUAAAAUGCGCUCAAUUGUCAAAUCCGGAAGAGAAACGUUUAUCGCAACAUUUUAUUGUCCUCUCUUCCUUACUUUUAUUAACGGAGAUAUGGACGUGUGAUAAUAAUUUCUCAUUGUUUCUUACAACAAAUCCCCCUGGUCAAGAUAGCGUUCAACAGUUCCUCAAUGUUGUCAAUAAAGCAAUGUGUUGGAACAUGAACAAAAGUUUAUGAUUGACUACUUCUCAACUGUAAGAAAUACACAGAAAAGGUGUGCAACUUGUGGAUAAUAAGCGGCCUUUGGUGGUGCUGUUUUUUGUAAUAAUUACAGUCGGGAAUCUUUUGCCACCUCACGAUUCGAUUAGGAAAAAUCUAUUAUUGAUGCAUCUUUAAUUUAUGUAUAUUGAUGCAGUUUAAAGGAGAACUGCACUUUUUGGGGGGAAUUUUAUCUAUUGUUCACAAUCAUUAUGUGAGACAAGAAGACCAAAGUUUUUUUUUUCCCCGGCUUUCUAACAUCUUCAAAUCGGCUCGUUCUAGGUGGCUAGCAAUGCAGCUAAUGGGAGCAAUCAAUUCUACCUCUAAAUCACUUUAAGAUUGCAUUCAAACAAUACUUCAUUCAUGUUCAGUAACCUGUAUAAUAACCAAAUUGAAGUGACAUUGUUAUUGUAAGAGCGAACACUGAGGAACUCUUUUUCUAUCGUAGUUAAACAUCGGCAUGCUUCGGUAUUAGCCGUAAAAGCUAACUACGGCAAGAGAUAAGCUAGCUUCUACAACAACUCAAAACAUGUUUGAAUUUGUAAUGCUCAACACUGCGAUACGACACCAAUUUGUACUGACUGAAAAACAUGAACACUCAUAUUACAGUAUCUGUAAAGUAUUAGCCCAUAUUUCAUGUUUUGUUUGUACACAGCUAAGCUAGCCAGACAGCAUAUGUACUGCAGUUGUACUAACAAAAAUGGCGUGCCGCGUGUAUCAUGAUCAAUAUUGUAGAGACUGACUCGAUGGACAGUUGUUUGUCUGGUCCAGCUGGCCAGGGACGUUUCCUUUUGAUUUAAGGGUAAGCAAUCCAUUUAUGUAGAAAUAGCUUGGCUCCAAGUUCCAUAUUUAUAGCAUCAAAAUUUCUUUCAUCCCCCUCUCCCGGCUUCUGUCUGCGCCAACGUCUCACUCUUCCUUUGUGCUCGCGUUUAUAAGCAGCAGUAUAUUUAGCUUCAAAAGUAUAAGGUUGUAAAUUCUCAAUUGUUCGGAAAUAGUCGUCUUUGUUGUCUGUUGCCAAGUCUGCCAUGAUUAAAACACACACACGUGUUUUAUUCCGGAAGUAGGAACACACACGUUGCCAGAAGUCGAAAGUGCGCUACUACGGAAACAGAAAUCAAUGCACGGAAGAAAUCAGUCUCAGAAGUGAUUAAAAUGAUCCAAAUAUGGUAAAUAUUGAACAUAUUAAAUAUUGCUAUGAACAUGUCUGUUACUACAUUAUAUAUAGACUUGCAGUGUGUAUAAACAACGUUAAUGGAGUUUUUUGAAGUUGUUUUAGAGGGCUAUAAAGGUUACAAUAGUGACUCCCAUUAGACCCAUUUUCAAGCGUUUUUUACCUUUAAAAUCGUAAAAUAAAAAUCAUCUGUGUUCUCGUCUCUCAUAAUUAUUGUGAACUAUGGGCAGAAUGACAAGAAAAAGUGCAGUUCCAGUUUAACAUUUCUUAGUAGGCGUUUAUCACUUUUCACAUAUCAGUAACAUCCUGGAGGGACUCUGCCGAUAAUCACUCCAUGUGAUGCCAGUUGCUCAACAAAAGCCAUCUGCAUUAUCUGACAGUAUUGAUUUUUGUUGUAAUUUCAAACCUUUUUGACUGGAUGUCAUAAAAAAGCUUGUAUUUUUCUUAUAAAUAGGCAAAUGUUGGAUUGAAGUAAUGACCUAAUUGUUAUAUUCAGUUAACCAAUAUUCUCAUACCAAACUGUGGCCCCACUCAGAUCCAUGGACACUAACUAUGUGGUGCCCCUAAAAACUGAAGUGUGUUUUUACAAACUUCAUGCCAGAAGGGAAAAAUGUAAAUGUCUUCACAAGUUGCAAAGACCAGUGCUGAUGGUAAACUUUUUUUGUUUUUUUUUACAUUUUUCUUAUUUUUGUUUUUCUCUUCAUCUGUGAUGAUUAGGUUUUUUAUAUAUAUUUAUUUCAUUUAUAAGUUGUUGUAUAGCUAUGUGUCACUAGACUUCUAUGGGACGUAAAUUAUUGUUUUGUAUACAAAUCUGUACAAAGCGUGUAGAUGUAAACACUUGAUGAAAGUGAGCUGUGUUGUUCUGGAUGUGUAUGUCACUGUAUUUGUUUUUUAAAAAGGUAAUAAAAAAGACCC